GUCAAGUGUCAUUUCAGCUGUCAGAGUAAAUCGCGAAUUCGCGAUGUUAUUAUUUUCCAUUUAUUAAAUAUAAAACUUUUACAAAUUCUAAUUGGAUAAAAAAUGUUACAAAGACUACUUUACAGUAGUUUAAACGUGAAAAUUUGUCGUAGACAAAUAAAUUUGCUGUUUAAGAUACCACAUUCAAGCCAUUCCUGUGAACAAUGCAGAUUCAGGUUAUACUCUAGUCAGAAAGUUUCAGCAUUACGAAAUAACUACGAAAGGACCUUAUUCUUUAGGAAGGAUGUACGUUUAGUGAAAUCGAGGUAUUAUACUAGCCAAGUCGACGUUCAAAAGAAAAGUGAACACGUAGAAACCGUCAAAGAUAAGACAGUGUUAGCUGCCACGAAGAAGAUAAACGUAAAAUUAAAGUCUUCUGAAUUAAAAAGACUACUUACGUUGGCAGAGCCAGAGAAAUGGACCCUCGCUGGUGCUAUUGGCUUAUUAGUAGUAUCAUCCAGUGUCACAAUGGCGGUGCCAUUUUCCCUGGGAAUGGUGUUGGACAUAAUAUACAGCGGCACCAAUGAUCUCAUAACAGCCAGAGACAAACUAGACCAGUUAUGUAUGGUUCUGUGCGGGGUGUUCCUUGUCGGAGGGCUAUGCAACUUUGGCAGGGUCUACUUGAUGUCCAUAUCUGGUCAAAGAAUGACUCAAGCGCUCCGCAAACAAGUGUUCUCGUCUAUAAUGCGUCAGGAACCGGCGUGGUUCGCUAAGACGUCGACCGGUGAGCUGGUCAACAGGUUGUCAGCUGACACACAGCUGGUGGGACGCAACCUUAGCUCUAAUGUCAGCGAUGGACUGCGAUCUCUGUUCAUGGUUGGAGCUGGUACGGGUAUGAUGUUCUACAUGUCUCCAUCUCUGGCCAUGAUAGGGUUGUGUGUGGUGCCACCGGUAUCGAUGUUGGCUAUUUUUUACGGCCGAUUCGUUCGGGGCAUCACUAGAGAAUUGCAAGACGCUUUAGCAGAAACUAGUGAGUUAGCGGAAGAAAAAAUAUCGAAUAUAAAAACAGUUAAAUCUUUUAGUAAGGAAGAGAAGGAAUGCAAGUCAUAUGCACAAAGAAUAGAGACACUAUUGAAUUUAGCCUACAAAGAGUCUUUGGCUGUCGGUAGUUUCUAUGGCUUGACAGGCCUAUCUGGCAACACUAUCAUAAUUCUAGUGCUAUACUACGGCGGCGGUAUGGUGGCCACUGAGCAGUUGACAGUUGGCAACCUCACAUCGUUCCUACUAUACGCUGCUUACGUUGGCAUCAGUAUAGGAGGUCUUAGCAGCUUCUACACUGAACUAAACAAGGGAAUGGGUGCUGCGACGAGACUGUGGGAAAUUAUUGAUAGAGAACCAAAGAUACCAGUUAAAGGUGGUAUACGACCAAAAGAUCGACCGAGAGGCGAACUAGUAAUAGACAAUAUAAACUUUUCCUACGUGGGUGCACCGCUAAUAAAAGGUCUGAGCCUGCAUUUGCAUCCAGGAAAGAGUGUAGCUUUGGUCGGAAGGUCUGGCUGCGGCAAAAGUACGGUCGCGGCCUUAAUACUCAGGCUGUAUGAUCCAGACGCGGGCAGGAUACUUUUGGAUGGAGUGGACAUUAGGCAGUUGGAUCCAGUUUGGUUAAGAAGUCAUAUAGGAUACGUCAGUCAGGAACCUGUGUUGUUUACUGGAUCCAUAAAAGAGAACAUUCUGUAUGGUGCUGUAGAAGAUGAUUAUGAGUCAAAUGACAGUGAAAAGGAGGAGGCGUGGCUAGUGGCGGCGCGCGCGGCGCAGCUGCAGGAGCUGGCGGCCAGCAGCCGGUCGGGCUGGGCUCGCGCGGUGGGCGCGGGCGGCUCGCAGCUCAGCGGCGGGCAGAAGCAGCGCGUCGCCAUCGCGCGCGCCAUCGUCAAGAACCCAAAAAUCCUCAUACUCGACGAAGCUACCUCAGCUCUAGACACGUAUUCCGAAUACUUAGUAGAUAAGGCUUUAAAGGAGAUUAGUAGAGACCGAACACUCUUGACCAUUGCACAUAGAUUGAGUACGAUACAGUCAGCUGAUGAGGUCGCUGUUAUAGGCGACGGUAGGAUCAUAGAAAUGGGACCAUACAAAGAACUUAUGGCGAAACCCGACGGCUAUUUCAGAGAGCUCAUAACCCAUCAGACGUUCGCCGGCUCCAAGGCACCCAUAGGCACUCCAGACAACAAUAAGGAUACACAAAACAGUUAAUAAAUUGUACUACAUUUGUUACAAAAUUAUAAAAAAUUUAAAGCAUACGCGAGCUACCGCUUUAUCAGCUAAUGCAAGUGUAAACAAGAAUUUGUAAAAUUAUCAUAAAGUGUAAAAUUAAAGGUCUUACCUCAUUAGACUUUCCUGCAUCGCCUCGCUUCAUGACAGCUUUCGAGCGAAGCGAUCGGCAUUUUCAUACGUAAGCGUAUAUAGUGAGCGUAUGGUCCAAAGACAUCCAUUCCAUAUAACGGUAAGACAUAACUAAUCGAGGCGGUGCUGAUCUAAUAAGUUAUUAACCCUUCCCCAAAAUUUGACUCAUCUUUUACCAAUAAUAGAGGAUGUUUUUCCUGUCCGGUGAAUCUUUUGCCACAGUCGUUUCAAAUUUUAGUUAAACGAAAUAUGAGAUCUCACAAAGAAAACAGUUUUUUUUAAUUUUGUUUUAUAAAGCUCUUCGCUCAUUACAAAAUGAACCGCAAGUCACUAUAGUUUUAUUGGAAAUACUUAAAAUUGCAUAGACAAAUAAUUCACCAAGUAUUUGUCGAGUAUUUCUCGACUCGUCUGUAAUUUGAUACCAGAGUAGGUCCAAGAUACGCGUUAUAACAUAUCUCAUGAAUACAAAACGACAGGAAUUAUUGCUUUCUAUCUUUUUACACAACAAAGAGCGAUAAAGAGCGAUAUAUCCGGUUCCUAUUGGAACAUAGAAUAAAAAUAUUGACAAUAUGUCAUUUUGUCUACAUGAUUUAUGGUCAUGGCGUGUAUCUUUGGUUUACUGUAAGAGUCUUGACUUGUUUUGCACAACGACUUAUUUAGUACUUUUAUAUAAGACUUUUAAUGUGAGAAUGUUUAACAUAUCUACUUAUGUAGAUAUUUAUAUAUAUAUUGAAUUUACAUUAAUUUUAUUGCUAAACCUAAUUAAUGAGUACAUAUUGGUUGUUGUAUGUUUUUAUUGGGUAUGGUAAAUAUAAAAUUCCACAUUAUGAUUUUAAUUAGACUUUGUUUUGUUUUAUGUUUUGUGAAACUGGGAAAUGAAUGUUACGAAUAAUAUUCAUUGAGAUAUGAAAAUUGUUAUUCUUAUUAGCAAAAGCUAUAAUUUACUUCAGUCAAUGUUUAUAAUAUUAUACAAUAGUAUGUAAAUAUAUGCGUGAUUUUAGAGAAUUGUAAUUAAAUAUUAUAUUAUAAAUUAAAAAAAGAGAAUUUUGACGUAAAAAGAUUCAAUCUUGAAUUUUGUUUGCACUGCCUUGUCUACAAAGUAACUGAUAUUACUGUGCUAUAAGGUUGAACAUAAAAGAAACGAUGAUUGAUUGACGCCUUUAGACUGCUAGGCCCAUAGACCCAUGAGUCACGUCGAUUCUCUUUCUACAAACGCUAACGCUUCAAAAAUUAAUAUUUAUAUGGAAAUGGCAUUCACUAUCGACAGGUCACGUAAUCAAGUUGUCGAUCGAAUCUGUCAUUCCCAUACAUUUUGUUAGUUUUCAAAGCGUUAACGUUUGUAGACAGAGAAUCGACGUGCCACUUGGCUAAGGCCCCUGUUCAGUCUAGCGUCCGUUAUAUGCGGCGGUUACGGCAGUCUGCAAUGACAUUUAUUAACUUUUACGCUGGUAACAAAGACAAUUAAAAAAGCAAAUGAACGAUACGUAUUUAUUAUUUUUAAUUGUCUUUGUUUAAAACUGUUUUCCUCAUAUUUAUUAAUAGGCAUCUGACUUGUAACGAAGUCGUUUGAAGUGCAAUGCGCAAUAUAUGGUUGCAUUCUUUGAUUAUGUGAAUUAGUUUGAUGAGUUUGCAAUCAGGAUGCAUUGUCAACCUUUGGAAUAUUGCUCUAUUGACCUGUUUUAUUACUGAAAUUAAAAAAAAAACAAUGUCGGUAGUCUAACCUACAAAGUAAUAAAAAAAAUUACAGUAUAAUGUAUGUAUGUACAAAAUAGUGUUAAUGUUUUAAACGAAAUGUUAAAGAGAAUAUUAUUGUGUAUGAAUUAUUUAAAUUGUAUAGUGAUGACGGGUAAUGGAAUAAUUUAAUUUAUUUGAUUAAAUAAAAAUGGUUGUUGUUAUUUUCCUAUAA